CGCUCGUAUGUAAAUGAGCGGGCGUGAGGUCAGAGGCAGAUGGAAAAGGGAACAGACAGAAUGGCCGCCGCGGCUCCCGCUCCUCCUGCCGCCGCCUCCCAGUGCCGGAGCCCCCGCUGCACGGCGGAGCGCAGGGGAGUCCGCCGAGAACUCGACUCCUGGCGGCACCGGCUCAUGCACUGUGUGGGUUUUGAAAGCAUAUUAGAAGGGCUUUAUGGACCAAGGCUACGAAGAGACCUCAGUUUAUUUGAAGACUGUGAGCCAGAAGAGCUAACUGACUGGUCUAUGGAUGAGAAAUGUUCCUUUUGUAAUUUACACAAAGAAACAGUCAGUGAUCGCGCAUCAGUUAUCGGUUCUUCACAGUCAACGCCUACAGAGGAACUGUCAUCUCAGGGCCAGUCCAACACUGAUAAGAUUGAAUGCCAAGCAGAAAACUAUCUAAAUGCACUCUUUCGAAAGAAAGAUCUUCCUCAGAACUGUGAUCCUAACAUUCCCCUAGUUGCUCAGGAAUUAAUGAAGAAAAUGAUCCGUCAGUUUGCAAUUGAGUACAUUUCCAAAAGUAGCAAAAUUCAAGAGAACAGAAAUGGUUCAUCCUUUGAACCAGGUCUGAUAUGUAAAAGUAUCCAGAUGAACCAAACGGAAAACUCCCUUCAGGAAGAACAGGAUAGCCCUCUAGACCUCACUGUGAAUCGAAAUCAAGAGCAGAAUACUCAGCAAGGGGAUGGAGUGCUAGAUCUCUCUACAAAGAAAAGCGCGAGGUUGGAAGAACCGAAAUACGAUCCCUUGUGUUCUGAAAACUCAGUGUCUGGUUCAAGCUCAACAGCUGAUGCAAAUUCAGAGGAAACAGCUAAUUUGGAAAAAGGAAAAUCAACAUUAAGCAAAGUUUUGGAGUCUUUUUGUUCAUAUCACUGGCAACAGACUUUGGCUAUGUUAAAAUUUCUAAUACAAGAUGAAACUGUUCCUAUAGUUUGCAGUUGCAAGCAAACAGAGUUGGUCCACUCUGAAACUCCCAGUUCCCUUACUGAAGAGGAUGUUCACGUUUCAUUUUGUAAUUGCAAUGGACAUGUGCUGACAAAAAGGUGCUGUUUACAAAAUCAAAGACCCACCCCUUGCUUACCACCUCUCUCUGUUUGUAUUAAAGAUUUCCAUUCUUUGUCAUGCCAAACUGUAGCGAUUGGAUGUAUUAAGACAAUGGUGAACAAAGCAUGUAGCAGCUCUCAUAAAUACUGUGCUGAACAACUGCAGAAUUGCAACAGGCACUCUGGGCAAACAGCAGCAGCAUGUGCAUACUCAGCCAAGGACUCUGACCUCUUGAGCAGCAUUAAAAACUCAAAUAGAUCUCGCAGCCCGUCGCCACCUCCACUCUCACCAGUGCAGAGUAAAGAAUUUGAAAUAUCAGAAGGAUCAGUUAGAGAUUUCCCAACUUUAGACAAUAACAAGCUUGAAAUACCCAUCACCCAGCCUCCAUCCCUCUUGCCAGCUGAAGGAAGCGAAAGAGAAUUUGAAUACGAAGGUAAAGAGACCAAAUAUUCAGACGGAACAUUGCUAGUGACAGACCUAGGGAGCAACAGUUACGGCAGAAAUUCUGCAAAGGCUGAGAAAGGUGAGCACUCUGCCAUUGUCCAAGAUUUAAUGGACCGCAUUAACGAGAAGUUGAAGUCCAUAGACACUACAGACCUAGCAACAAAUCUUGUAAAGCUUUCUAGCAGUGACAGGGCACCAGAAAAUGAUGUCAAACUGGGAGACUUCAUAACCUCUCUUUUGCAUAACGCUAAGGCGAGUGAUUACAGCUUUAUGGAAUUACUUCGCCAACACGACAAGCAAGUGGAAAAUAAAAUCAUCCAAACCAGAUUCCGCAAGCGGCAGGAAACUUUAUUUGCCAUGUAUAACCCUCCUGACUCGCCCUUCGUUCGCCGGCAGUCGCUGCAAAUCAAGAGGGAGCUUGCCAGCCUUGAUGAAACCCUUGUAAGAAAAAGGUUAAUUUCUGAGAGAAAUGCAAAGAAAUCCACAAAGACAUUUGAUAAAAUAGAUCCCAAUAAAAGACACAGCUUUACUGUGAUAGAAGAGGAAGCUUUGCAGCAUCUCGAAAGCAAUCCGUGCGUGAACUGCCAGACCAAACCCACGUGCUUUCCAGCACACCAACCAGAGUCUUUCAAACUACCUCUCACCAAUUUUCAAAGCAGCUCUGGCUUUCUAGUUCUUACAGAAAACACUGCCCCUGCAGCCAGCCAGGCCAAACACACAGAAACACAAGGAGGUUCCACAGCCUUAAAAGAGACUGAUCAGGUUCCUCUCAAGGAUGAGAGUAAUGGGAUCUUGGGCAGAACUAAACGUAACGUUGUGCCUCCUGGAUGGUACUCUGUGUAUGUCACAAACAACAUUUUGUUUAGAAAGUCAUCUAAUGCAAAAAAGUCUUUAGAAAGUUUGGAAAAAAUGCACAUCAAUAAAGAUGCUGAUGCUGAACAGUGCAGUGACAUAAAUAUAAGCAGAAUAGUGAACGAUGCAAACCUGCACGUGGUGGUAGAGCGUUUAGAAGAUACAAUCAACUUAGCCAGGAAGACCAGCACUUCACUGCUGGAUAGCUACAGAGUAAGCCAAAAAGUGAAAGAUACUGCUUAUGAACAGGUUCUGAGCCCAGCUGCUAGAAGAAGCUUUCCUUUCACUCUGAGUGGAAUGGGAUGCACAGGACGCUUCCUUCCACAGUUACAUGUGCCAAGCAACAGUGAGAUCAAAACUCUGUGUGUGACAACAAGCAAACAUGAAAUGACUGUAGAUCAAGAAAUUAAUGACAGUCUUUUGAAAUCUCUGAUCUUUGAUUCAUCCAGUUCAACUUCCAGUAAAGGGGACUUGCAUGCAACUUCUGCAGCUGGGGAGAUGUCAUCUCCCUUAAACUACUCUAGUCCUAUUAAGCUUAUGUUUGUCUCCAAGGUUAAUAGUAGUGAAGGAGUCAAAUAUACUCUGACAUCUGCAGCUGCAUCUUCUAAAGGAAGCACAAACACUUGUUCAUUUCAGGGGCACUCAAACACUUUGUUAGACAAACAGGCCACAGGAGACCUUUCUCAUGCAAUCUGUGUCAGGGGUUGUGAUUACAGUGAGAAUGAAACCAAGGAGAAGCCAAAAUAUGUUUAUGAGGAAGUGAUUACAAACUCCUGUCCAGCUGAUCAAGCUAACUUAACUGACUCGAAACAAAAUAACGAAGCUCUGGAGAAAUCGAGCAGUAGCAGUGAAUUAGUUUUGAAAAGAAAACCUGGUAGACCAAAGAAGAUAGGUCCUCAAGUUGUGAAGCAGGUUAAGAGACCUAUUGGACGGCCUCCAAAACCAAAAAUAGAUGUGACUGAAAGCAUGGAACCUAGACCUGAAUUUAGCAGUGAUGGUACAAGUACCAAAUGUGACACAGCAGUAAUGGGAGAAGUUAAGGGCAACAAAAACAUUACUGUGACAGUUGUUUUUGGGAGGUCACGAAGAACCAAGAGACACGUUUCCGAAGGUAACCUGAGCGUCGUUGGCGUUCUGCCCACGCAACACGUGGAUUCUAAUUUUGCCAGUGGCCACAGCAAAGCACACAAUGCAGAAACUGAGAGUGCUUUGACUCAAAUAGUAAAAGCCUUACAGAAUUCUUCCACUGACAGCGAGGUCUGUGGCUAUGACUAUGUCAGACCCAUCAAGAGUAACCUGGCGUCACCACAUCCUUGCAGCAACAUUCUACGGCCAAUUAAGAAACCAUUGACCACCAUUCGAAAACCUGGUAGGCCAGCAAAAGUAAAGAUCUCUGGCAUAUCUGUGACUGUUAAUAGAGUUUCACCUCAGGAAAGAAAACACGCUACAAGUGAAAGUCUCGGAGCCGCAGAAUUCAAUAGACAUGAACACAGAAAAUGAACAUUUGAAGCCCAUAAAGAUGUGCCUUAAUCAGCCCACUGAGUGGAAUCUGAGUUUUUCAGCAGCAUCUCUCGCCAGCUGUAAAGUUUUUAACCAAAAUCUCAAACCCGAUGAG